GAAAAGAGAAGGAACCGGAACACGCCUUCCUCAGAGGACAACAAGGUGGAAGAACAAAUACAAGAUGAGGUCAGAAGGGAAUUCAAUACAGUGACUGCCGAAUUUGAUUUGAGGCAUGAGAAAUAUGGGUCACUUCUGUUCUUGCUUGAUUCUCAUGCCGUUCUUGCUUGAUCGAGAUUGUAUUGAUGGUAAUCCAGGGUUCAUCAACGAGAUGCAGGACUAAAACAUUCAAAGGCGAGGAUGAAGAAAAACUACAUGUCUCGUCUUCAUAGAUCGGUGCUUUAUAGCUCUCAACCUCUUCAAGGUCAUGUCAUAUUGUUGAUGGUUCUAUGCGUAUGCUACCACGAGAAUGCUCUGAAUGGUUGUGAAUAAGAAUGUCUUUUCUACCAUACCACCCCACGAACCAGCGACCCCUUGACAUUUUCUUGCCUGAUGAUGAAACGACAUUUUUUACUACAUUUUUUACUCAGUUAAAAUGCAGUAAAAGUAGAGCAGUUGAAACCUUCAUACUAGGUGGAUGGUUUCCAUGGUUGUCGUUCAUCCAUCCGUAGGAGCAUUCUAGAGGAUUGAAAAAAAACCCAUCUAUUGUUUUCCCUCACUCAUACUACUCAUACAUGAAGAUCAAGAUUGUUCGAAGUCUAAAUUUUAGUCCCAUUACCUCCUUUUUUUAUGACGAGGAUAAUGUACAACCAACCCUCUCUCGACUACUUCGAAUUCUGACCAAUUACUACAUUAGUUACCAUCAACUAGUGGGCCCACACCUAACCCAACCUAACCUAACUAACUAAUAUCACUCAGUUGAUGUAGACACAUAAAAAAUGGCCGAGCAGCAGGUUUUGCCUUUCAAGGCGUAUGAGGCGGAAGGACCAAGAAAGAACUGGAGGGCGUGUUUAUUAAGGGUCACCGUGUUGCAUUCUUCACUACCGCUCUUGACCUAAUUGUUCAUCGUAAAGUACGUAUGGAAAGGAGCCUCUAAGUUUGUUCUGAAGAAUGCAAUUGCGGAACCGCCUCUAAGUUUAUCAUGCAAAUUACUCUUGACAGUGGACCAGUACGCGCGAAUCGGUUGUCCGAAUUGUCCGCAUCUACACCUCGACGAAGAAGACGAGGAAUUGAUCUUCAAAGCGACGACGCCUUCGUAAGACGAUACUAUCUAAUAUUAGCUAGAUGAUCGAUGUUGAUAUGAAUUGUACCAUACCAUCUUCAUACGCACUUUCAUCAGGUGGACUGGCAUAUUAUCGCAUUUCCAGAGAGGCGGGUGGUUGAAGCGAGCAACGCAUAUCCCGGAGACUAGUGUUUUUGUUAAGGCCUCACGUGAUCCAUCUUUCAGCUCAUCUCCGAGGGAGCUGCUUUCAACUACUGUGAGCCGUUUCCAAAGACAUAGAUGAGGACACAGAUGAGCAGGAGGCAAAAGAUGGGCUGUAGUGAGUUCUAAUUUCGGUUGUUAUGCAAUCAACGUUGCUGGUCCCACAAAAGGGUUUGGAAAUCCUAGUGCUACUGCCAAUGGUCGCGCCGGAGGGUCGCAGCACAGAGGACACGCAGCUAGCUACGACGAGGAGGAUAGACUGCAAUUGAAUGCGGAUGAAGACCUGCUGGGUGGUGAUUUGGAGGGAUUCGUGGUCGGAGAUGAUGUGGAGGACUGAUUCUUGUAACCCUUCUUAGGGACUACAUUACAAGAGACUCUGUCACAUAGAUGCAUCCCUUCAAGCAAUACAUUACAGGAGACUCUUCCUAGGAACUACAUU